UUCAAUAAACAAGAUGGCGAAUAUUGACGUGGAAGAUGAAAAUAUUUUGACUUCAAUGUUCAAAGACUCGUUUCCAGAAAGCUGGAAUGAUAAUCCUGAAUUUGUACAGUAUUUGUCAGAGCUGAGCUCAUAUGGAGUUGACAAACUAGCUCAAGAGCCAGACCGUUUGUCUGAAACAAAGUCCCAGAUUCUACAAGAAACUCAGCACUUAGCUUUCCAACACUACAAAACUUUUAUCCAGACAGCGGAAUGUUCCCGGGAAAUAUUUGAAGAUUUUCAAAUCAUAGAAAAACAUGUUGGUGCCAUGCUGCAGAAGCUCCCGGACUUCUCACAAGAAUGUGAGAAAGUUAUGAAACAGGCGGAGGAAAUCAAUGCCAGCCGGCGGAUGAACACACUGACCCUCCAGCGUCACACCCAGCUGUUGGAGAUCCUAGAAAUGCCACAGCUGAUGGACACGUGUGUGAGGAACAGUUACUAUGAGGAGGCACUGGAACUGGCCGCACAUGUCAAGCGACUCGAGAAAAAACAUGCCAACAUACCUGUUAUUGCUAACAUAGUAUCAGAGGUGAAGAACUCGGCUCAGCUCAUGCUGAACCAGUUGAUACAGCAGCUGAGAACUAAUGUCCAGCUCCCGGCCUGUCUCCGUGUCAUAGGCUACCUCCGCAGGAUGGACGUCUUUACCGAGGCCGAGCUCCGCAUCAAGUUUCUGCAGGCCAGAGACUCCUGGUUCCAGGGUAUACUAGACGCAAUACCAAAGGAAGACCAAAGUUUCGUCGACAUUCUGCCAGCUUGGUCACUGGAGACACCGGUGACUUGGUCAAUGGAGACACCGGUGACUUGGUCAAUGGAGACACCGGUGACUUGGUCACUGGAGACAGUGGUGACUUGGUCACUGGAGACAGUGGUGACUUGGUCACUGGAGACAGCGGUGACUUGGUCACUGGAGACACCGGUGACUUGGUCACUGGAGACACCGGUGACUUGGUCACUGGAGACAGUGGUGACUUGGUCAAUGGAGACACCGGUGACUUGGUCACUGGAGGCACCGGUGACUUGGUCACUGGAGACACCGGUGACUUGGUCACUGGAGACACCGGUGACUUGGUCACUGGAGACACCGGUGACUUGGUCAAUGGAGACACCGGUGACUUGGUCACUGGAGACAGUGGUGACUUGGUCACUGGAGACACCGGUGACUUGGUUACUUGAGACACCAUUGGCUUGGUCACUGGAGACACUGGUGACUUGGUCACUGGAGACACUGGUGACUUGGUCACUGGAGACAGUGGUGACUGGAGACAGUGGUGACUUGGUCACUGGAGACAGUGGUGACUUGGUCACUGGAGACAGUGGUGACUUGGUCACUGGAGACACCGGUGACUUGGUCACUGGAGACACCGGUGACUUGGUCACUGGAGACACCGGUGACUUGGAUUCAGGAACCAACUUCACUGAUAUUUGUGUUCAGAAUAGAGCUGCUGUUUUCCUAUUCACUGUACUACCAAUAUAUACGUUUUGUAUAAUAUUUUUUUUUUGUAGAUUCGAGGGAAACAUGCAGUCUUACAAUUUAUUGGCAGUGACUUCUACUGUGGGUAGUCUGUCCUACAGUACUGGUACACAGUCUGGGCAGAUGUUCCCCCCAGCUAUCCUUCUGGACUUCUACCCACUGGCAGCUUACUGUAAUGAUGUGCUGUCUGCCUUUAAUGAGCUACGUCUGUGUGCCCCCAUAUCUCUAGCCUGUGAUAUCGCCGAAGUUCUCCAGGAUGCUCUUCUACAGAUCAGCCGCAUCACAUUGGCUUAUUACAGGGCAGAGGAGGCGACCUUUGACCCGAGGGAGAAGGACCACUUUUGUCAGUUCUGUCAGAUAUAUGCCACAGAUCUGCUGCCCUAUCUCAACAAGUGUCUGCAGCAGUUAUUCCCCCCUGCUACACUGGCUCAGAUUCUCGGUGUGACCCUGACAGACCUUAAUAAGAUGGGAAGCCUGGGAUUGGUGGAUAUUUUGGCAGUCCUCGACCCCAUCUCCCACUUACUGCCUCAGAAGGAAGAUAUAAAUUCCGUCCAAUUGGAUAUCGGCAACGGUGCAACAACCCAAACAGAUGUAGGAAGUGUUACAAAAAGCAACCAAUUAGAUUCAAUCAGCCUCACAAAUAUUGACCAAUCAGAGCCAGUGGGUAUUUCAAAAAGUGACCAAUCAGAUUCUUCUACAAAACCACAUGACCAAGCCAAAUUGGAGGUGGAUACUACUCAAAAUCUUACGGAUGAAGCAAAACCAGUGUUAGAAGUUACAAAAGACCCAGUUGACCAAUCAGAUUCUGUAUUACUUGGUGAGAUAAAAGACUUGAGCCUUGAGGAAACUAAGCCCAAGAUAACCUUUACCACUGGGGAGGGGGAGAGUGAUGACAAUGAGGACGUGUCUCUCACAGCUCCUACAGACAGUCAGGACAGCUCAACAGUCACAGCUCCUACAGACAGUCAGGACAGCUCAACAGUCACAGCUCCUACACACAGCCAGGACAGCUCAACAGGCUCUGUAUCAAACACGCAGGAUCACCUAGAUAAAAAGGAUGACUGAGAGGAAUUAUUAUUAAUAUGUGAUACCAAAGUUUUACUUUCUACACAAACAAUGUAUGUAUUCAACGUGUCGCAAUGUUUCAAGACCGACUGGUCCCAUUGUCAAUCUUUGACUUGCAGUCAGUUACAGCUUGUCAAAGGGACCAGUCGGUCUUGAAUUGUUGUAACACAUUUUAUACAUACAUUGUUUGUAUAGAAAGUAAAACUUUGAUAUCACAUAUGUAUUUCCAAAGCGAUAAAUCUUAUUGAAGAUAUUAUUAAUAUGGUUAUAUUUCGGGCUUACAAAUAUUUAAUUCUUUGGUGUAUGAAAGGGCCAUUAUAUGAUAUACAGGGUGAAGCUUACAGGCUGAAAUAAGUUUUUAUUUCAGAAAAUGUAAUUUUGAAGUCAAAGUUUUAUAUUAAUUUUUCUUAGGUUACCGCAAUGUUCACUACUAAUCUUUUGAUAUUAUACUAAAGUAGAUAUUUCACGGCAGAUUUCACAAUAGUUCAUGCUUGGCAAAAAUUGCUGCUCUUUACGUACUUUUGGCAGUGUAAAAGCUGGGUAUUGAGAGCCACAUUUAUACACCAAGCAGUAACUACUGGUGUAACUUGUUUUAAUGAUGCCGAUAGUCCUGGGAUCCUUCGAACCACUUUUAUAUUUUGACCACGACCACAGCUUAUGUGUAUGGUGUUAAAAUGGAGUCUUGAGAGCCCUUUUCAUUUAUCAGGACAAUAAUUAUGCAAAAAAUGGGAGUUCUUUGAGCAACUUUCAAACAACAGCUUAUAACCACAGAUUAUUUAUAUGGUAUAAAAUCAGAGUCCUGGUAACCAUUUUCAGGUACCAAGGCAUGUUAUGUAUUUAUAUGGUUUCAAAAAAGUCUCGUUAAUUUGCAUUGAAUUCCACCAGUAUUGUUGCGGAAUACGUGGUCGAUUAUGUGUAGUCUCCGGGAAAGUCUGUCUGCUGCAGUAAUAGCAUAAUGUUUUAAAGUCCUGGUUUCUCAAAUGUACUUUUAGCAUAAGUUAAGAUUUUCUUUUUGGCUAGGUAAGCAAUGUUUCUUUCUGUGAGGAUUUUUUUCAUAUCAGAAAAAAAAUAGGAAAAUGUUUUGUGAAACUGAAGUUAAGUAUCAAACUUUUAUGUUUCACCCCUCUCUGCUUCUUAGUGUCGACAUUUCCUGUCUGGCGCACUUGUUAGUGUGAGGCAUGGGCAACGAUCUUUGUAGAAUCAAGUGCUAUGGUGAUUUAAUGCGGCUGAUGACAUUCCAGAUUCUUUAGAUCCAGUUGUGCUCUGUGCGUUGGGUAUGGACUACACCACUGUGAUAUAGAACUCAGUUAAAAAUGGAAUCCUGAAGAUUUUCAGGGUUAGAAAAAUUUAUGUCAGGGAAACAUGAUAAAGGGGGAGAAGAGCCAACGCCGUUCCAAUAUUAGGUAGGAUCCUUUUGUUGGAUGUUGGCUGGGAAACAUUAUGUUAUUUACCCGAUUUCUGUUUCUGAUCAAUGUUGAUCUAGAAGAGAUUUAAUAUAGUUGAUCCACCAACAAUUUAGAUAUAUGUAUGGUUGAUUUAUGCAUGAAUGAUGGUGAAUAAAAAUAUAAGGAACCUUG